GAGAAAGAGAGAGACAGUCAGAAACACACAGAGACACACAGGCGCGCAUCUGUCCUCCUCUCUCAGCUCAUCAUCAUCAGCAUCAUCUCCUCUCUUCUACCGGCAGCGGGAAUCCUCCUCAUCACCGCUGUCAUCAGUGACUCCCGGUACCGGCGCCUCCGGCACGAUGCGCGAUGGGUCAGGCGUGCGGACACUCGCUGCUCUGCCGUAGCCAACAGUACCAGAACCCGGCGGCGUCCGAACUACGUGGACAGCAAGUGUUCCUGAGAGCGGACGACACACCUGCUGUCUUACACUCCUUACAGGAUGCAUUGCUGCAGUUGGCCUCCAUUGUUGAUGUCAGGAGCCUUCGGACGACCAUCAAAGAUGUGCUCAGAGUCGUCCUGCCAAACGUGGAGUGUGUGUACGUGUACCUGUUGGAGGCGGAGUCUCGGCUGCGAUGUGAAGACCCGCCCCAUGAGGUGCCCACAGAGGGGAAGCUCAGAGACGCGGUUAACCAGCAGAAGAGACUCCAGUGCUCCGGUCUGCCGCCAUCAGAACUACACGAGAAACACACGAGCGCACUGACCGCGCCGCUGCCGCCUGAUAAACGAGUGCUCAUCAUACCGUUAGUGGACCGUGAUGAAGCCAAGGUUAUCUCUCUGAUUCUGCUCUGCUGUAAACUACUGACUGAACAAGACGAACAAAACCUGAACAUCCUGGAAAAACACCUCACCGUGGCCUGUAAGCGAGUGAGAGAUGUGCAGAGAUGCUCCAAACGGCCACAUGGGCAAUCCCACAAUGCACCAGCGGAGCCCAAACCCAGCCCACAGCCGGAGGACUACAGAGAACUCGACCGCAAGAUCUUACAGCUGUGUGGUGAGCUGUACGAUCUGGACGCCGCCUCUCUGCAGCUUAAAGUCAUCAACUAUUUGCAGAAAGAAACUCAUUCGCAGUCCUGCUGUUUACUGCUGGUGUCUGAAGACAAUCACCAACUCUUCUGUCAGGUUGUUGGCGAUAAAGUUUUGGAAGAGGAAAUCAGUUUUCCACUCAUGUUCGGGCGCUUCGGGCAGGUGGUGGAGACAAAGAAAUCCAUUACACUACAGGACGUCAGCCAGGAGGAGCGCGGGUUGUUGAGCAGUUUGCUGGGGUUUGAGCCGAACUCGAUGCUCUGCGUUCCUGUCAUCAGUCAAGCCACUGGACAGGUGGUGGCGCUAGCGUGCACAUUCAACAAGCUGGGAGGACAGAGGUACAUGGAGGCGGAUGAGCAUGUGAUUCAACACUGUUUCUGUUACACGUCGACGGUUCUCACCAGCACACUGGCCUUCCAGAAAGAGCAGAAGCUCAAGUUUGAGUGUCAGGCUCUUCUUCAAGUGGCUAAAAAUCUCUUCACACACCUCGAUGACGUGUCUGUGCUGCUGCAGGAGAUCAUCGUCGAGGCCAGAAACCUGAGCAACGCUGAGAUUUGUUCGGUGUUCCUGUUGGAUCGGGUCAGUCAUGAACUCGUGGCUAAAGUGUUUGAUGGAGGAGUCGUGAACGAUGACGAGAAGGAGUUUCGUAUCCCGGCGGAUCAGGGCAUUCUGGCCAUGUUCGCCACCACUGGGAAGAUCCUCAACAUCAAGGAUGCGUAUUCCCACCCCCUGUUUUACCGCGGUGUGGACGACAGCACGGGCUUCAGGACGAGAAACAUCCUCUGCUUCCCCAUCAAAGACGAAAAUGAAGAGGUGAUUGGAGUGGCAGAACUGGUGAAUAAAACGAACGGUCCGUGGUUCAAUCGUUUUGAUGAGGAUCUGGCGACGGCCUUCUCCAUCUACUGCGGCAUCAGUAUCGCUCAUUCUCUCCUGUAUAAGAAGGUCCAUGAGGCUCAGUUCCGCAGUCAUCUGGCCAAUGAAAUGAUGAUGUACCACAUGAAGGUGUCGGAGGAAGAGGUCACUAAACUUCUGGACAUUGGCAUUGAGCCGGUCCAGAAAAUCCACCCCAACUUCGCCGAGUUCACUUACACGCCGCGGUCUCUGCCGGACGACAGCACGCCUAUGGGCGUUCUGAGCAUGUUUGAAGACAUGGGCUUCAUAAACACCUACAAGAUCGACCUGCACACAUUAGCCAGGUUUUGUCUGAUGGUGAAGAAGGGCUACAGAGAUCCUCCGUACCACAACUGGAUGCACGCCUUCUCUGUCUCACACUUCUGCUACCUGCUGUACAAGAACCUGGAACUAUCCAACUACCUCGAAGAUAUAGAGAUUCUGGCGCUCUUUGUGUCCUGCAUGUGUCACGAUCUGGACCAUCGAGGAACCAACAACUCCUUUCAGGUGGCUUCGCAAUCCGUCCUGGCGGCUCUGUACAGUUCAGAGGGGUCUGUGAUGGAGAGACAUCACUUUGCUCAGGCCAUCGCAAUCCUCAACACACACGGCUGCAACAUCUUUGAGAAGUUCUCUAGAAAGGACUAUCAGCGGAUGCUGGAUCUGAUCAGAGACAUCAUCCUGGCCACAGAUCUGGCUCAUCACCUGAGGAUCUUCAAAGAUCUGCAGAAGAUGGCCGACGUUGGUUAUAAUUCGAAGAAUCGAACGCAUCGCAGUCUGCUGCUGUGUCUGCUCAUGACCUCCUGUGACCUCUCCGACCAGACCAAGGGCUGGAAAACCACCAGGAAGAUUGCGGAGUUGAUCUAUAAAGAGUUCUUCUCUCAGGGUGAUUUGGAGAAGGCGAUGGGAAACAGACCCAGUGAGAUGAUGGACCGUGAGAAGGCCUACAUCCCUGAACUCCAGAUCAGCUUCAUGGAGCACAUCGCCAUGCCCAUAUACAAGCUCCUGCAGGAACUUUUCCCGCGCUCGGCCGAGCUGUACGAGCGUGUGGCCGCCAACCGCGAGCAGUGGGCCAAAGUCUCCAACAAGUUCACCAUCCGCGGGCUGCCGAGCAACAACUCGCUGGACUUUCUGGACGAGGAGUUCGAGCUGCUGCAGUCGCAGGGCGCCUUCGGAGACGAUUCGCACCGCAUGAACGGCUGCCUGGACGACGACUGCGACAAACACGACCAGUGACGUCACUAGAGCAAAGGUCAUCUGACGGAGUUCCGUCUUGGUAAAAAUUCAGAGGAAAGGUUCGUUGUCACCUUUUUGCCGUUGCCGUGGAGACGGGUUUUUUGCGCGAUUGCGCAGUCAGCGGAGCGUCUGGCGUUUGGACAGAAGGAUAGUGCGAAUUUGCCCAAAAAUGUUACAUCCUCACUGGCCCCGAACUUAUUUUAUAAGAUAUAAGAAAACAUAUUUGAUUGAUUGAAUACCUAAAUGUGCAGUGUUACAGUGUUACAAGUUUUAGAACGUAUUGUUUCAGAUUGUUUCAAAGCAGGAAAAUAACAGAAUCACUAAUGCAAACUUAGACAAAUUGGCUGUAAAAAGCCAUUAUUCAGCUCAAGUUUUCCCACUGUUUACAGUACUAGCAGAAGCUGAAGGAAAACUAAGCCACACAGAAAUUUGUCUUUGGAUAAUUAAUCUUUCGUCUCUCAGGCGUCAGUUUCUCUCUGUUUACUCAGAAAAAUGCAACAUUUCUCCAUUCCCAAAAUCCCAAACCCCAAAACAAUCAUCUCAAUCGGAGUCAGGCAAGCAGCGGCUGGCGGCCAGAGAGCGAUGAGAGCGACACACGGAGCUCUGGGUUCAGAAGCGAAGUCCUGACGGGACGCCGAGACGUUCUGAAGCUCUGUACAUACAGUUCUGUGUUUUAAAGGGCUACGCGGCCCUCACACUUUUCUUUCUCAGGAUGGCAGAAUGUGUGCGUCAAAUGGAUCUUGCCUUACAAAUGUUUGCGUUGCCUUCCUGAGGGACUUUAAAAGAGAUAUAUGUAUAAAAACAUUCAGCCUGUCUGUGAACAGUUCUGAAGCUACAUGGAUAUAUAGAAAUAUCUAUUUGCAGUGUGUAAAUGUGUGUUUGCACAGGUGUGACUGUAAGUGCAUUUGCCAAAAUCUGCAAAGGAACAGAAAACAAAGAGGGUGAUGUCUGUUUUAUGAAAAAUGUGAGUUUGCUUAUACUAGUUUCUCUCUCACGGGUCGCUAAUAUUAACCUGCAAUGGAGUGUGAAUUUCACAAAAAACUCCAGCACGUUUCACCCUAAAAUCAAUUUUUGCAUUAAAGAAAUGAAACCUGUUUUUAGGACCAUUAAGACUGUUGUCAUUGUGACAUGAAAUGAACUCCCCAUAUAUAUAUAUAUAUAUAUAUAUAUAUAUAUAUAUAUA